AUGCAAUCUCUCACACGCUCCGUAACGCGCUCUCUCACGCACUCUCUGACACGCACUUUCUCACGUGCUCUCUCACGCACUCUCUCACUCACUCUCUCACGCGCUCCCUCACGCGCUCCCUCAUGGGCUCUCACGCACCCCCUCACAUGCUCUCUCUCUCUCGCGCACUCUCUUGCACAUUCCCUCAAUCACGCGCUCUUUCUCGCACUCUCCCACGUGCUCCCUCACGCGCUCUCACGCACUCUCUCACGCACUCUCUGUCGCACUCUCUCACGCACUCUCUCACGUCCCUCUCACGCGCUCUCUCACAUGCUCUCUCACACACACUCGCUCUCUCACUCGCUCCCUCACGCACUCUCUCACAUGCUCUCGCACGCGCUCCCCCGCGCGCUCUCUCACUCGCACUCACACGCGCACUCUCACACGCUCUCUCACGCGCUCGCGCUCUCUCACUCGCACUCUCACACGCACUCUCACGCGCACUCUCACACGCACUCUCUCACGCACUCUCAAGCUCUCCCUCACGCUCUCUCUCAUACACUCUCUCACAUGCUCCCGCAAUCGCUCUCGCAUGCGCACUCUCAUGCGCUCCCUACACAUGCUCUCCCUUGCGCUCCUCUUCUCUAA